AUGGGAGACAAAUCGGCCUACAUGGGAGUUGGAGCCUAUUGCGGAGGAUCGACUGCCGGAAAUGGAUAUGCUCCUGAGGAAUACGCAUACGGUGGUGCCGCUGGAGGAGGACAACAGCAAUCGGGCGGUGGUGGCGGUGAACAACAACAGCAACAACCGCAACAGCAAAAGCAACAGCUUCCCCCCGGAGUGACCAAGCCUCGCACUGAUGUUUCUUGCUACAUGGGACCCAUC